AUGAUUCGUCAGUGGACAACUCCCUCCGGCGCGGCCGUCUUGGCUGGUCUCGCCUGGCUCCGUUUCGCGACCGCGAUUGCUGUCCCUUCCACGCCUCCUUCCGGCUCUGUCACUGUCGACCCAUCUCUUAUCAGCAUUUCCAUCGAGUUCUUUGCUUUCCCUGGUUAUACGAACAUAUCCGGCACUAACAACUGCUUAAAUAACCUCGCGGACCUACGUGGGGCCACACCCGCGAUCCGCAUUGGGGGAACCACCCAGGACCGUGCAACCUAUGAUCCCAACCUGCAAUCUGCCGUCAACUAUACCGUCGCCGACCCUGCUGAUGCACCUGCCAGUCUCACCUAUGGACCGUCUUUCUUCACUCUCGCUGGGAAACUCCCCGUGGACGAUGUCACGAUUGGCCUGAACCGUCAGCUCAACCACGAGUCGAACUCGCUUGCUGCGGGCACCCUUGCCCUGUCAGAGAUGACGAACUUCUUUGCCGUCGAACUCGGAAAUGAACCAGACUUAUAUUCGUCCAGCUCUCCCAUAGCCGCGAACACUGGCUGGAGCAACUCCAUCGACAUCUCGAACGAGGGCAAAUGGUUCACCGACAUGGCACCUACGCUCGGAAAUGUCUUCCAAGGCGCCGUUUACCUUAGUUGGAGCACUGCGACCUUGGUUUCUAGGAUUGGCAGCGCGGCACUCAGUACUAUCAAGUCAAUCUCCCGGCAUUCGUACCCGCAGUCUGCGUGCAAUGGCGCGAGCACAAAUCUCACUCAACUGAUGCGUCACCCAGGCAUAGUGUCCUACGUGAAUCAAUUCAAGACCGACGCAAACUCCUCACGCAGCGCUGGGAAGCAUUUCUUCUUCGGCGAGACGAACUCGGCAACAUGCGGUGGUGGCGGCAUUAGUCCUACGUUCGGAGCGGCGCUGUGGAUUGUCGAUUAUGCCCUUCAGAGUGCGCUCAUUGGCGUUGAACGCCUUUACUUCCAUCACGGCACGAUUGGCAACUGUGCCUACUGCUGGUGGGGCAAGCAGGCAGUAUACUCACCUUACUUUGGGGCCAUCUUCGUCUCAGAUUUCCUAGGCGCCGACGGCGCGACGCUCGCCCAGCUCGACGACUCGACGAGCGACAUCGCGGCGUACGCCGUCUACUCCGCGUCCGGCGCGCCGCUCCGCGUGCUCCUCUCCAACUCCGCCUACUUCGCUGGCACGGGCGCGCGCGCGAACGCGACGGUCGCACUUACGACCUCCGGGCUCCCGAGGACUUCGGCGCGCGCAAAGCGUAUGACCGCGCCGGACGCGACGGCGCGCGCGGACCUAGGCGCGCCGGUGACGAUCGGCGGCAACGGGACGUUCUCGGCGGACUGUGUCGCGCAGGGCACGCAGCAGAUGGAGGAGGUGGCCGUAGGCGAUGAUGGGAGCCUGACGGUCUCUUUGUUGGCGUCGGAGGCGGUCAUCGUGUACCUGUGA